UUGGGUGUGACUGAGGCGUGUGACGGCACCUCUCCGCUGUGCAGACCGCUGCGCAGAUUUGGUAUAAACAACACAACAGAAAGAAAAUGACCCACUGGUUUCAUCGCAACCCUUUGAAGGCUACAGCUCCUGUUUCAUUUAAUUUUUAUGGGGUAGCUACCACUCCAGCUGCAGGAAAGCUUUGCAAUGAUUUGAGGUUAUCUCGAACACGACUAUUGGAGCUGUUUACAGACUCAAGCUGUAAUCCAGAAAUGAUGAAGAAUGCAACUGACUUGUACUUCUCACUCUUGCAAGGCUUUAUCCUUUCACCGGAUGAGUCUUCCCAAGACUGCAAGUUGAGAUACAUUCAGAAUUUCAAGUGGACAGACACAUUACAAGGACAAGUUCCAAGUGCCCAGCAGGAUGCAGUGUUUGAACUGGUUUCCAUGGGAUUUAAUGUCGCUCUGUGGUACACAAAAUAUGCAUCUAGACUCGCUGGAAAAGAAGAUAUAACAGAAGAUGAAGCAAAAGAUGUUCACAGGAGCCUGAAGAUAGCAGCUGGGAUUUUUAAACACUUGAAGGAAAGUCACAUUCCAAAACUGAUUACACCAGUAGAAAAGGGAAGAGAUUUAGAAGCUCGACUUAUAGACUCUUACAUCAUACAGUGCCAAGCUGAAGCUCAAGAAGUGACAAUUGCUCGGGCUAUUGAGCUGAAACACAAUCCAGGACUAAUAGCUGCUCUUGCUUAUGAAACAGCCAACUUCUACCAAAAAGCUGAUCAAACAUUAUCCAGUUUGGAUCCAACCUAUGCAGGUAAAUGGAGGAAGUACUUAAACUUGAAGACCUCUUUCUAUAUGGCUUAUGCAUACUGUUACCAUGGCCAAACUUUACUGGCGAGUGAUAAAUGUGGGGAAGCAAUCAGAUCUCUGCAGGAAUCAGAAAAAUUUUUUGCCAAGGCUGAAGCACUGUGCAAAGAAUAUGGAGAAACUAAAGGACCUGGGUCUACUGCCAAACCUUCUGGACAUCUCUUCUUUAGGAAGUUGGGAAGUUUGAUUAAGAACACACUAGAAAAAUGCCAGAGAGAGAAUGGAUUCAUCUAUUUUCAGAAGGUGCCAGCAGAGGCUCCCCAGCUGGAACUGAAAGCAAACUAUGGCUUAGUAGAGCCUGUUCCUUUUGAAUUCCCUGCCUUGAACGCACACUGGACUCCUGAAACACUUGCAGCAUUUGAUCUCACCAAGAGGCCAAAGGAUGACACUGCUAAACCAAAACCAGAUGAAGAAGUAAAACCUCUGAAGGAACCAGAUAUAAAGCCUCAAAAAGACAGUGGAUGCCAGAUUUCUUAAGUGCCAUAAGUGCUUUGAAUUCACUUUGAAACUGUAUUACGUGGACUUCGGGGCUUUAGUUUUGAUCUCACUUUUUCUAAUUCUUCUUUUUUUAAUUUAGAGGACUAAUUUAAUUUAGUUAGUGUGCAUCUAUCUUGCUUGAGAAUGUGGUGGAUUUCUAGGAGUUUAUUUAUAUCUGAGUUAUUUUGGGGAUUUAGUGGGAUAUCAUAGAAUGAGUGGGCUUAAAUGUUCCUAUUGUGCCUCUAGAGAGUUGCUUUUUGUGUGGAUUUAGUUUCUACCCACAAAUAGCAAAGGAAGUAUCAUGAUUGUAAUGCUUGAGGAUUUUUCUAUUAAAUUAUAUGCUAUGUAAUGUCAAAUUUUGCAAACAAAAGUUUGCAUGAACAGUUAUAUUUAUUCAGGUUUUGUCACUGAGGCUUAGCACCCUGUCAUGUUCUGCUCACUUAAUUGUAGUGAGCAAAGAAAACCAAUCUGGGUUUGGUUUGUAAUACCCAUAUGGUAUUUCAGAGACCAUGGAAAACCUUCAGUUUUCUAGUGUAACUAGAGCACACUUUAUGUUCUGAAAAGAUUAGCUUCUCUAUUGACAAGGGUUCUUGGAUUAAAAUUUGUAGUAAGGUGCUUUAGUUCGCCUGUCCUUCAAUUAAAAUCCUUUAAGUGCAUGUGAAGAUGAUGCAGCAAGAAAUAUGAAAGUUUAGAAAUAAUGCACCAGAGUGUCAUUCAUUCGAAGUUUUCAAGCUUGGAAGAUUUGGUAAGUUUGAAAGAUGCAGAGAGUUGAAAUCUCCUGGCACUAGAGUUCAUGAAAUUGUGAUGCAUAAGGUAAUGGAAUUGUAGCUAAGAUGCUGUGUUUCCACCAAGGUAGUGUCUAUAAGAAGCUGUUAGAAGAAAAGGGACAAAAGAUGAGCUGAAGGUGUAACUGGGAAACAUAACUCUAGGUUUCCUUUAUGCCAUAUGUAAACACUACUAUUUCUCAGCUUUUGCAGUAUUGCACUAAAACCAGCUCCUAAUGAAGAGAACUUGCCAAAAGCCAAGCCCAGUCAAGACUGAGGAAAG